AUGGAGACGGCAAAGCUAUGUCGCGCCUCUACAAUCCACGCACACAGCCACAAUCGACACCCUAUUCACAAACACAAGCCCGAGCUUCCAAGUUCACUAAAUAAACGGACACCAACACAAAUGCGUGCGAACACCGUCUACCCCCUGUUCAUGAAACUGGAGAGAGAGAGCAAUAUCAACAAUCCAUUACAGUUUGCGGGUGCGAGGGAGACUUCGAUAUCGAACAGAUGUAUAUCAUUUCACGCAGGUAAGUAUUGA